GGGAGCUGAAAAAUAACUCACAAUUUAUUACAUAAAAGUUGAACCAGAGGCAGCCCCCUUUCAUCUCUCUCCUCCUGCUCCUUUUUCUCCUCCUUUCUCCUCCCCCUCCCUUUUUUCCUCCCUCCCUCUCCCCCUUUCCCUCGCUCCCCUCCUCUCUCCCUCCCCGUCUUUCUUACCCCCUCCCUUUCUCUCUCUCUCUCUCUCACUCGUUCCCUAACAUUAAAGAGAAAAUGCUGCUAUCCGUGACUUCCAGGCCCGGGAUUUCGACUUUUGGCUACAAUAGAAACAACAAGAAGCCAUAUGUGUCAUUGGCUCAGCAGAUGGCACCACCUAGCCCAAGCAACAGUACACCUAACAGCAGUAGUGGAAGCAAUGGAAAUGACCAGCUGAGCAAAACCAACCUAUACAUCCGAGGAUUGCAACCAGGCACUACUGACCAAGAUCUUGUCCAGCUGUGUCAGCCAUUUGGCAAGAUUGUUUCCACUAAGGCCAUACUGGACAAAACCACAAACAAAUGUAAAGGCUAUGGCUUUGUAGAUUUUGACAGCCCUUCAGCAGCACAGAAAGCUGUAACAGCACUGAAGGCCAGCGGUGUACAGGCACAGAUGGCAAAGCAACAGGAACAGGACCCCACAAAUUUAUACAUCUCAAACCUCCCACUGUCAAUGGAUGAGCAGGAACUGGAGGGGAUGCUGAAGCCCUUUGGCCAGGUUAUCUCCACCCGUAUCCUUCGAGAUACCAGUGGGACCAGCAGAGGUGUUGGCCUUGCAAGGAUGGAGUCCACAGAGAAGUGUGAAGCCAUCAUCACCCACUUUAAUGGAAAAUAUAUUAAGACACCCCCUGGAGUACCAGCCCCAUCCGAUCCCUUGCUUUGCAGAUUUGCUGAUGGCGGGCCAAAGAAACGACAGAACCAAGGAAAAUUUGUGCAAAAUGGACGGGCUUGGCCAAGGAAUGGAGACAUGGGCGUCAUGGCCUUGACCUAUGACCCCACCACAGCUCUUCAGAAUGGGUUUUACCCAGCCCCUUAUAACAUCACCCCCAACAGGAUGCAGUCUGCACUCUCCCCAUACCUUUCCUCUCCUGUGUCUUCAUAUCAGAGAGUGACUCAGACAUCUCCUCUACAAGUACCUAACCCAUCCUGGAUGCACCACCAUUCAUAACUCAUGCAGCCUUCAGGUUCAGUUCUGACACCAGGGAUGGACCAUCCCAUUUCUCUCCAGCCUGCCUCCAUGAUGGGACCCCUUACCCAGCAACUGGGCCAUCUCUGCCUCAGCAGCACAGGCACGUAUAUGCCGACGGCUGCAGCUAUGCAAGGAGCUUACAUCUCCCAGUACACCCCUGUGCCUUCUUCCAGUGUUUCAGUCGAGGAGAGCAGCGGCCAACAGAACCAAGUGGCAGUGGACGCACCCUCAGAGCAUGGGGUCUAUUCUUUCCAGUUCAACAAGUAACAGUGGGAUUCCCCUCCCCAUCUUUACUGAAUAGAAAUGAAUUCUUGGAGAUACUCAUGCUCCCAGAUUCCAGAGGGUUAACCAGGAAUGGAGACCAUCCGUCAGCCCUGCUAAGGACUAACACUUAGCCAUCGUUUUUCACAGGCCUGGGCCUGGAAAAAGAAAUCUCUACGUUCCUGCCCUUUACUAUUGCUGAUGGAGCCUGGGGGAACCAUCACUUUUUUUGUGUGCUACAUUCAAGGAGAUCAAAAAAACUUUUUUUCAUUU